ACAUCAGGGGAGGCACGAGUUGGCCCAUAAGCCUGCGCUCGCGAGUCAUCAGUGUCGGACACGUAGUGGGAACGAGCAGGUCCCGAUGCACAAGUCACGGCAACCCUCGGCGGAGAUGAAGGCGGACUCCGACUGGCUCUGAUUUUUAAAAGCCCUUUUCAUUCAGGCGGUUGGUUGCCAAUGGUUAUCAAUAUGGCAGAGCCGUUAUCCCAGGCACCCACCGCUGCAAAAAUGGCGUCACUUAACCGGGUCCGAGCUUUGGCGAUGAUUUUCUUAACUGUCACUGGCUGUUGUGUCACCCCGACAAGUGGCAAGGAAGGGUCCGAGGAGACCGUCAUCAUAGGGCUCCGACUGGAGGACACGGACGACAUUUCCUUCAUGGAUAAGGGCUACCUGCGGGUGAGUGAGCGCUCUCGGGUGAAAUUAAGGGUGUACGGGCAGAACAUCAACAACGAGACCUGGUCCAAAAUUUCUUUCACGGAACAUGAGCGCAGCCGGACGGUAGGGAGCCUUGACAGCUCCUCGGGGGAUAACCAGAGCCAAGAGGACUCGUCCAGCUUGCAUCCCUGCGGUAUUAGGACUUCGGAUAUAAUCAUAUUGCCCAACAUCAUCCUGAGUCGAAAGACGUCCGGAAUAGUUGAAAUUGAAGUCAAACCUCUGCGAAAGACGGAGAGGAGUAAAUCGUAUUACCUUUGCAUCGCCACCGCGACACCGGCUGUGGCCGGCAUGCACGACCCGUGGACGGAGAACACCUGGAUCUACCACGACGGGGAUGACACCAGAGUGAUAGUGGUGGAGGAGAAAAAGUUUCUGCUGCCUUUCUGGCUCCAGGUCAGCUUCAUCUCCAUGUUGCUGUGCCUGUCGGGUAUGUUCAGCGGGUUGAACCUGGGGCUCAUGGCUCUGGACCCCAUGGAGCUCCAGAUAGUGCAGAACUGCGGCACGGAAAAGGAGAAGAAUUACGCCAAAAAAAUCGAGCCGGUCAGGAGCCAAGGGAAUUACUUGCUUUGCUCGCUUCUGCUCGGGAACGUGUUGGUGAACACCACGCUGACCAUCCUGCUGGAUGAUAUCGCCGGUUCCGGGUUGAUCGCGGUGGUCAUGUCCACCAUUGGAAUAGUGAUUUUUGGAGAAAUCGUGCCCCAGGCCAUCUGCUCCAGACACGGCCUCGCGGUCGGGGCCAACACCAUAUUCCUCACCAAGUUCUUUAUGCUGCUCACCUUCCCUGCUUCCUACCCGGUGAGCAAGCUGCUCGACUACCUCCUGGGUCAGGAGAUAGGAACCGUGUACAACCGGGAGAAGCUUCUGGAGAUGCUGCGCGUCACGGACCCCUACAACGACCUGGUGAAGGAGGAGCUGAACAUCAUCCAGGGCGCGCUGGAGCUCAGGACUAAGACCGUGGAGGACGUGAUGACCCCGCUGAGAGAUUGCUUCAUGAUCCCCGGGGAUGGCACCCUCGACUUUAACACCAUGUCCGAGAUCAUGAAGAGCGGCUACACGCGCAUCCCAGUCUUCGAGGGCGAGAGGUCCAACAUAGUGGAUCUGCUCUUUGUCAAGGACCUGGCCUUCGUGGACCCGGAUGAUUGCACCCCUCUCAAAACCAUCACAAAGUUUUACAGCCACCCGUUGCAUUUUGUGUUCAAUGACACCAAGUUGGAUGCAAUGCUGGAGGAGUUUAAAAAAGGAAAAUCCCACCUGGCCAUAGUUCAGAGGGUGAACAACGAGGGCGAGGGAGACCCGUUCUACGAGGUUCUGGGUAUUGUGACCCUGGAGGACGUCAUUGAAGAAAUCAUCAAGUCUGAGAUCCUGGAUGAGACUGACUUGUACACUGACAACAAGACGAAGAAGAAAAUCACCCAUCGUGAAAGGAAGCAGGAUUUCUCUGCCUUCAAGCCUACCGACAAUGAAAUGAAGGUUAAAAUAUCACCUCAGCUUCUGCUGGCUACCCUGCGUUUCCUAGCAACAGAGAUCGAGCCUUUCGCACCGGUGCAAAUGUCAGAAAAGAUUCUGCUGCGCUUGCUGAAGCACCCCAACGUCAUCCAGGAGCUGAAAUACGACGAGAAGAACAAGCGGGCGGCGGAGCACUACCUCUUCCACAGGAACAAGCCCGUGGAUUAUUUCAUCCUCAUACUGCAGGGGAAAGUGGAGGUGGAGGCAGGAAAAGAGGGGAUGAAGUUUGAAGCGGGACCGUUCUCCUUCUACGGGAUGAUGGCUCUGACAGCCUCGCCAGUGCCUCUGUCCUUGUCUCGUACAUUUGUGGUCAGUCGGGCUGAAUCAUUAGCAGGAUCCCCAGAAAAUAAAUCUCCUCCACGGCCGUUUGGACUCAACCACUCAGACUCCCUGAACAGGGGCGACCGUAUAGAUGCCAUCACCCCGACUCUCGGCAGCAGCAACAACCAGCUCAACUCCUUCCUGCAGAUAUACGUACCUGACUACUCAGUCAGAGCGCGCACAGACCUGCAAUAUAUAAAGAUAACACGCCAGCAGUACCAAAACGCCGUAAUGGCGUCACGGAUGGACAAAACGCCCCAAUCGACAGACAGCGAGUUCACUAAGAUCGAGCUCACGCUGACGGAGCUCCACGACGGAGUGGAGACCCCCGCCGUUGUCGUCACCACCACAGCCAGCACCACCAGCACCACCCCGGCCGUGUCCGUAUCCGUCGCCAACGAGACGUCCCACCUGCUCAACCAGCAGCAGCAGAACUGUGUGGGCCUCAGCAGGAGCAACCACAGCGCCCACAACGAGGGACCCAUCUAGCCCCCGCCGAGCCCGGUGGAGACCCAGACCCUCCACCCUGUCUCGUGGACACGCGCUGAGCGGUGGCGUAGAAGGAGAUGAGGGAAAGUCGGGAAGCGGGUGGAGUGAGGGUUCUGCUCCAACCAGUAGCCCCCAGUCAGUCAGUCAGUCAGUGAGACCCUUUCAUGGAGGGGCAAGUGGGGAAGACGGGUGCUGUGUCACCCUAAACGCCCCCUACCUGAACGCUGUCAGAUUCCCUGCUGUACUACACCCCUCUUACAGAGGGUGCACUCCGACAGUACCUGCGACUGAGCUUCUAUUUUGGGACAAUCUGACAUUUUCAUAGCGGUGACUUAGACUCAAAGAUGACAGAGUGCAUGCAAACCCUGUCCCUUUCUCCUACACACACAACACAACACUCGCUGUAUUUUCUCCUCAGGCCAAAGACUUUGGUCCCCCCUUCGUACACUGGACACAGACUGUUUUCUUGCUAACAUACACACACACACGUAUUCAAACAGUCAAAUUCCCACACACACACACAUGCAACUCCCCCACCCGUGCAUCUUUCAGGGAGGCUCAGUCGACUGUUGAUCCCAUCAGCGAGGACUCAAACCCAAACAAGCAGAGAGAACGGUUGGUCAAAGACUGCACCAAAAACCGCUUUGAAAGAAAACCGUUAAAAAACCACGAACCAAGAAUGUUUUCCUGUAUUUAUUUAUUUUAUAAUAUUGUAUGUAUAUAUGUACGCGUGGAGACAUGAUAUGACAUAAACUGGCAUACGAGCAUGCACGAGCAUGUACACAAAGGUGUGCGCGGGGGCACACGUGUCAUAUCAAAAAGGACAUGCUACAUAUAUGGAGACGAACAUCCAUUCAUGUAUAUGAGGAGGUGAGGGUCUUUUACAGAUACAGUAUGUAUAUUACAGAUCUUGUUAUUUUUACUAUUAUCCUAAAUCAGGCUUAUGGUACACUAUCUUUUUCACCUUUAAAAAAAAUCACACUAUUGCCUUUAAGAGAAAUCAUAUAAUUAAUUAUUUUAACAAAGUGCAAUGAACAGCAAUUUAUUUAAGAGAUGAUUAUGAAUUUUAAAAACAAAUCACUGUAUUAUAAAUUGACAGAUAUAUUUGUAUGUAUGUACUGUAUGUAUAUGUAUAUUUGUUUUUUUUGAAAAAUGCUAAACUGCAGCCAUCCACAAGCAAAAUUGUCCUUAGUCAGUCUCUAUUCCUCUUUGUCUCUUUCAUGUUUUUGCAUCCUUUGACCUCAAACACAACGUCUACUAUACGUUCAUAUGGGAGUAAUGAUGCCGAGACUAUUCACCACAGUGUAGUGGAGGGGGAGGGGGAGGGGGGAGGGGGGGCACCUAUGCAUGUGGAGGUUGUGUGUCUUUAUAUUUUGCCAACUUUACGCAUAAUCAAACUUGAUAAUUGCACAGUAUUAAUGACCUCAUCUAACAUGUUGAGCAUCAUCAACGUCACAAAAAGUAACCUCGACAUUAAACAUGUCCAUGAAUGAUA